GAAGGACAGCAUGCCUUAACAUAGCAAACAGUUGCCCCCCUAUACCGCGAUAUAUAAGCUUCAUCCAUUCAAGCUCUCCCUCGCCUUGCAACGAUCGAGAGGAUUGAGUUUGCACAGCAAAAAUGGCGUUCAGGAACGAUGCGAUCAGAGCCUUCUUCCUUCUGAUGGUUGUGAGCGCGGCGUACGCUAAAGCGGCAGAGAAGGAGGCCGCUGGAUCGGCGGCGGCGGCGUCCGGGCCUGGCGCGACCCUCGACAUCGUCAAGCUCGGCGCGACCGGGGACGGCAAGACGGACAGCACCAAGGCGGUGGAGGAGGCAUGGGCGUCGGCGUGCGGGGGCACCGGGAAGCAGACGAUCCUGAUUCCCAAGGGCGACUUCCUGACCGGACCUCUCAACUUCACGGGGCCGUGCACGGGCGACAUCACCAUCCAGGUGGACGGCAACCUGCUGGGCUCCAACGAUCUGGCAAAGUACAAGGCUAACUGGAUCGAGAUCAUGCGCGUCAAGAACCUCGUCAUCACCGGCAAGGGCAAGCUCGACGGCCAGGGCCCCGCCGUAUGGGGCAAGAACAGCUGCGCCAAGAACUACAACUGCAAGAUCUUGCCCAACACGUUGGUGCUUGACUUCUGCAACAACACGCUGAUCGAAGGCAUCACUCUGCUCAACUCCAAGUUCUUCCAUUUGAACAUCUACGAAUGCAGGGGCAUCACGGUGAAGGACGUGACCAUCACCUCGCCGGGGGACAGCCCCAACACGGACGGCAUCCACAUGGGCGACGCCUCCAACAUCACCAUCACCGACACCAAGAUCGGCACCGGCGACGACUGCAUCUCCAUCGGCCCCGGCACCAGCGGCGUCAACAUCAGCGGCGUCAACUGCGGGCCGGGCCACGGCAUCAGCGUGGGCAGCCUGGGCCGGUACAAGGACGAGAAGGACGUGACCGACAUCACCGUCAAGAACUGCGUGCUCAACAAGUCCACCAACGGCGUCCGGAUCAAGUCGUAUGAGGACGCAAAGUCGCCGCUGGUGGCGUCCAAGCUCACCUACGAGAACAUCAAGAUGAUGGACGUCGGGUACCCCAUCAUCAUCGACCAGAAGUACUGCCCCAACAAGAUCUGCCCUCCCAAGCCUAACUCCGCCAAGGUCACCGUCAAGGAUGUCACGUUCCGGAACAUCACCGGCACCUCCUCCACGCCCGAGGCCGUCAGCCUGCUCUGCUCCGACAAGCAGCCCUGCAGCGGCGUCCAGAUGUUCGACGUCAAGGUCGAAUACAGCGGCACGAACAACAAGACCAUGGCCGUCUGCACCAACGCAAAGGUCACCGCCAAGGGAUGCAGCGAGGCGCUCGCAUGCGCCGCUUGAUUCUUCUACCGUCGCUCGGUCGUCUUACCUCCAUCCCACUGAUAACAAAACUGCAGGUGCAUCCUGGAGAUCGUUGUUUCUAUCUCGAUCUGACGGUAUGCCAUAGACGACAUAAAUAAUGGAUGUGUCAUGGAGGAUGUGAAGUGCCGGGUUUUUGCCUGAUAUCUGGACAAGUUCUUUUAAGGUAGAUAUACAUAAGUUUUUUUUUUACUCAGAGAUAUGCAUAAGUUUAUGCAAAAAGUUUUGUAAUUUUUCCUAAAAUGGUGUUUCUGUUGUUCAGUUGUUAACAAAAGAUAGUGGGACUCUAUGCGGAAAUUUACCCAA